ACGAUAAGGCAUCAGAGAAACCAGAAGUCUAUUUGAAAUAAAGUGUUAUAAUGGCCAUUAAUUGAGCCGUCAAUAUAAUGCCCCCACACGCUGGGCAGUGUGAAACCGGACACCAGACACAAGUUUAAUACUAUAUUUGUUUUGUAGCUAUAAAACAAGAUAUCGUGUCUUCGUUAUUCCAAUAUUCCCUGCGUGUAAAUUGUAUUCGAGUUGAAGAAGAACAAUGUCACACGAAAGUGGAAUUGCGGGAACAACAAUAAAGUGGGGAAAAGAAUACAGACAUUAUCGUUCCUCCCGUUGUCGACUGUAUUUGUGUAUGAUGAUACUUAUGAUAUUCGUUGCGUUAUCAGUGGUAUGCGCCACGUUUCUAUUCAGGAAUUCAUUUCAUUUCUAUCCAAAGGCCUAUGAAUUGAACACUGGAGAAAUGCGUGUAGUCAAAUUAUCAAAUCUAUUUUGUGAAGGUGUUGUAGUAAAACCAGCGAAGUUUAAACGACAGCUAUUAGUUAUGUCGACUCCGUUAGCACGGCGCACAUCACAUAUCAAAUGGACAUCAAAAAACAAUGUGGUGUUACGCAGGGAUCGUACGUGGUAUAGAUCGUUUUAUCUUCUCAAAGACUCUACAGUAAGUGUGCGUGUUGUGAGCAGUCAUUCCGUUAAUGUUUAUUGGCUGAAAGGUCGUAAGAUUUUAGACAAAUGGAACGAUGAAAUGAGAAAAGAUUUAAAAGAAACAUCAAAGCAAAUAUCUGGCAAGUUCACGGGCACACGAAUGGCUGAGACAUUCACCCUAAAAGAGGACAACAACUAUUACUUGGGAAUUACCUCCAUAGCUGGUAACGCUAAAUACUCGGAGAUUUUCGUAAACACGAGUAUAGACCGAGUGAUGUACGAUGUGAAUUCGUGUGUGACAUCAUGUAAUGCAAGUGUUAAUAAAUCUUGUCAGGUGACCUUACGUUUCAAUUCAGCAGAUACUGCAGUAAUAAGAGUGCCAAGCAACGUUACAGGCGUGCAAACACAUGAUGUCUGGGUUUCUUGGUAUUGUGAGCCAAGAAUUUGGUUCUACGUCGUGGCGUUUGUUGGAAGUUUUCUUUUUGUUGUAUCGGCCUUGGGCUUCGUGUAUUGUUGUAUUAUGUCGAGGGUCAAUAAAAAGAUUCGUGAAUGGAAGCCACAUGUGGUUACAGUGAGGGAAAGUACCACCAAAGAAAAUAGUAGCGGAGUAAAACUGACGUCAAUCAAUAAUCGAGAGAAUACUUCAGAUGAUAACUUUGAAAACAUUUUAGAAUUAACCCCUUUGAGAUUAUCAUCAACUAGAGAAAACUGUCAGGAGAAUAAUAAACCUGAGAUACCCAACAAAACCAGCACACCCAAGGGCUUAAACAGUGUUGAUGACGCUAGUAAUAAUAACCCCUGUAGUAGCGCACAGAUGACGUCAUUUAUAGACGCAAAUUGUGCAGAUUCUGUUAUUGAGCCCACAAAAACUAUUUCGCUAUGGCGACGCUCGCCUUCUCCCCGCUGGUCAACAUUCUUCAGCGAAGAUGAUUACGAAGAAUGUGUGACAAACUUUCGUGAAUCGCCAAACAGCACUUUGGAUUCAAUAAAAAAGGCAUCAGAGGAUGAUUAUUUUGAAACUGAACUCAUGGAUCGCUUGCAAAAUUUAACCUCGGACUAUGACGGUCCCGUAGAAACGGAUAUUGAUGACAUCGAGUCUGAAAAGUAUCCGUUCUUGAGCGAAACCUCUGGUGAUAAUCCAGAGAUAGCAUUGAGACAGAAGGACAAACGUAAAGAACAGAGAUGGGAGCCGAGACUAUCUGUUGUCACUGAAAUUUAAUUUUUAGCUUAAAAAGCUUAAUACCGUACUUUCUAUUACUUUAUAUAAUGUAAUGCCGUGACUAUGAGGGCAGUGAUUUAGGAGUUUAGGUAAAGGCGGUGUUACACGAUGCAACUUUCCGUGCAACUUGCAAUGAAAUUCUACUCCUGAGGUAUCUAAAGUUGUCAAGUACGAACAUUUCUUACGGUCUGCUAGCAUUUUCUUAGCGAUUCGAACACUCUUUUUUAAUUAAAAUCCUUCAAAAUUAUAAAUGCAUUGCAAGUUGCAAGGAAAAUUGCAUAGUGUAUAAGUGCCUUAAUAAAAGUUCGGUUCUGACUGUCAACUAUAGGGAAAGGGAUUUAUCACGUAAUUUUUACUCGUUCAGAACGUUAUUUAAAUGUUUAUUAUUUACUAUUCAUAUAUAGUCUUGAGAAUUCUAUACAAUGGAGCUUUAGUUUACUUUUAAAAUCGUUUUCAUAAAGUAUAAAAUUCAUAUAUGUUCGAUAA